GCUUGGUUCUGCUGCUCUGCCGGGGCUGCAGCCAUGGGGCUGCCCACGCUGGAGUUCAGCGAUUCCUACUUGGACAGUCCGGAUUUCAGGGAGAGACUGAAAUGUCACGAGGUGGAGCUGGAGAGGACCAACAAGUUCAUUAAGGAGCUGAUCAAGGACGGCAGCCUCCUCAUCGGGGCGCUCCGGACUCUCUCAAUGGCAGUACAAAAAUUUUUCCAGUCGCUUCAAGAUUUUCAGUUUGAAUGCAUUGGAGAUGCUGAAACAGAUGACGAGAUCAGCAUUGCCCAGUCAUUAAAAGAGUUUGCCCGAUUACUGAUUGCUGUAGAAGAGGAAAGAAAACGCCUGAUUCAAAAUGCGGAUGAUGUUUUAAUAGCACCACUUGAGAAAUUUCGUAAAGAGCAAAUAGGUGCAGCAAAGGAAGGAAAGAAGAAGUUUGACAAAGAAAGUGAAAAGUAUUAUUCCACCCUGGAGAAGCACUUAAAUUUAUCAGCUAAGAAAAAGGAAUCACACCUGCAAGAUGCAGAUACUCAGAUUGACAGAGAACAUCAAAAUUUUUAUGAAGCAUCAUUAGAAUACGUCUUCAAAAUCCAAGAAGUACAAGAGAGAAAGAAGUUUGAAUUUGUUGAGCCUCUUUUGGCUUUUCUUCAGGGAUUAUUUACAUUUUACCAUGAGGGAUAUGAGCUGGCCCAGGAAUUUGCACCUUACAAGCAACAGUUGCAGUUCAAUUUGCAGAAUACCAGGAAUAAUUUUGAAAGCACCCGUCAGGAAGUGGAACGACUUAUGCAGAGAAUGAAGUCUGCCAGCCAGGAUUACAGGCCACCCAGCCAAUGGACUAUGGAAGGUUACCUCUACAUACAAGAGAAACGACCGCUAGGAUUUGCUUGGACAAAACAUUAUUGUACAUAUGACAAAGGGACCAAAGCAUUCACAAUGAGUAUUUCUGAAGCCAAAUCUGGAGGGAAAGUUAAUGGCCUUGUUCCAAAUUCACCAGAAGUGUUCAAGCUGAAAUCCUGCAUCCGGAGAAAAACAGAUUCAAUUGACAAGCGCUUCUGCUUUGAUAUCGAAGUUGCCGAAAGACAUGGGAUCAUUACCCUGCAAGCUUUUUCUGAAUCCAACAGAAAACUUUGGCUAGAAGCUAUGGAUGGAAAAGAACCUAUUUAUACUCUACCAGCUAUUAUUAGCAAGAAAGAAGAAACAUUCCUAAAUGAAGCUGGCUUUAAUUUUGUAAGAAAAUGCAUUCAUGCAGUGGAAACAAGAGGUAUUACAAUCUUGGGAUUGUACCGGAUAGGGGGUGUGAACUCCAAAGUGCAGAAGCUGAUGAACACCGUCUUCUCUCCUAAAUCUCCUCCUGAUAUGGACAUUGAUUUGGAAAUUUGGGACAAUAAAACUAUAACAAGUGGGCUAAAGAACUACCUCAGGUGUCUUGCAGAGCCACUCAUGACCUUCAAAUUACACAAGGAUUUCAUCAUUGCUGUUAAGUCUGAUGACCAGAAUUACAGAAUAGAAGCAGUCCAUGCACUUGUCCACAAGUUGCCAGAGAAAAACCGGGAGAUGUUGGACAUCCUGAUAAAGCAUUUGGUCAAGGUAUCAUUACAUAGUCAGCAGAAUCUCAUGACAGUCUCCAAUCUUGGAGUUAUUUUUGGUCCCACGUUGAUGAGAGCCCAGGAGGAAACAGUGGCCGCUAUGAUGAACAUCAAGUUUCAGAAUAUUGUGGUUGAGAUUCUCAUUGAGCAUUAUGAGAAGAUAUUCCACACAGCCCCAGAUCCCAAUAUUCCUCUUGGAAAGCCUCAAUCCAGAUCAAGCUCAAGAAGGACAAGAGCAAUCUGUCUCUCCACAGGUUCUCGCAAGCCUAAAGGACGAUAUACUCCAUGCCUAGCAGAUCCAGAUAGUGAUUCAUACAGUAGCAGCCCAGACAGCACUCCAAUGGGCAGCAUAGAAUCACUGUCCUCUCACUCUUCAGAACAGAACAGCACUACCAAACCUGCGUCUUCUCAAUCCAGGGAAAAAACAGGGGUUGUUCCAUGGAUUGCAUCAUCACCAUCAUCCAAUGGACCAAAAAAUUCAGGGCUUUGGACCACAAGUCCUGAAUCCUCCUCAAAGGAGGAUGCAGCAAAAACAGAUGUGGAAUCUGACUGUCAAAGUGUCACAUCUGUUACUGGACCAGACAAUGUGACUUCACCAGGAGACCCAGCCAAAAGAGGAUUGUAUAGUCUCUCUGGAAUGAAAAGAUCAUCAGCUUUAUCUUUAAGGUCUAUCCCUUCUGCAGAAGGUAACAAAAGCUGCAGAAGUUCCUUGCAAAGUUUAGCUUCCUUGGAUGCCAAGGAAGUACCAAAGAUGCUAGAAAAUCCAGAACUGCCUCCAAAAAUGUGCAGAAGAUUACGACUGGAUACAGCGUCAAGUAAUGGCUACCAAAGACCAGGGUCUGUAGUAGCAGCAAGAGCCCAACUAUUUGAAAGUGGUUGCUCAGUAAAACAGACUCCCUCUGGAAGGCAAGCCAAGGCCAUGUAUUCCUGUAAGGCUGAACACAGUCAUGAACUGAGCUUCCCACAGGGGGCAGUAUUUUCCAAUGUAUAUCCAUCUGUGGAACCCGGAUGGCUAAAAGCAACAUAUGAAGGCAAAACAGGACUUGUUCCAGAAAACUAUGUUGUCUUUCUCUAGUGAUAGUAAUGGACAGCAGUUUCUUCAUGGUAUCCAUGGUAACAAGCAAUAAGCACUGUGACUUUUUUUUUUAAUCUGACACAGAUAUGGAGGGUCUGCCAGCUAUCCCCAUGUAUGGUUGACUCCCUUCCAUUUCUGCAACUGCAGAUUAUGUAGCUUUGUAUAAGUAGAACAGAAUUUAACGAAAACAGUUGAGAGGAUAGGUUUUGUUUUUUCAGUCUGUGUUUUAAAACUGAACAUGGUACUUUCUCUGUCUUCCACUGUUGUUAACGAGAAAAUCACUUUAUUUUUUUUUCUUUAUGCACAAAAUCAAAUCACCUGAAAAUGAAUCCACUUUUUUUUUUAAAUCUGAGCGACUGAUUCUCAGUUGGUCCCUAUCAUUUCAAGAAAAGCUUGAGCUUGUAUUUAAAUUGUUAAUAAAUGUUCACAGAUGUCAUUGUUUGUAAAAGCAAUAUAGAUAGGGAUAUAAAUCUGUUAAUUGAAGCAACACUUCAUCAAAGUCAUAUUUUUGUUUCAAAUGGCAUUUUAACGCGGUAUAUAUGUGUUUUGAUUUUUCUUCCUUCACUUCUAUGUUUUAUCCUAUAAUUAUUAAUAAAUUAUAUUUAUAAACUCUCA